AUGUUCCGUCUUGCCAUUGCUCGCACUGUCCUCAGUUCUGCUCGUCCUGUAGCAUCACGGGUCGCCCUCAGACCUGUUCUUGCGCGGGGUUAUCAUGAGAAAGUGAUCUCGCACUACGAAAGGCCUAGAAACGUGGGCUCCCUCCCUAAGAAUGACAUAGAUGUUGGCACUGGACUCGUAGGAGCUCCUGCCUGCGGUGAUGUGAUGAAGCUCCAAAUCCGCGUCGACGAGAACGGCAUUAUUUCCGAUGUCAAGUUCAAAACCUUUGGUUGCGGUAGUGCCAUUGCAUCAAGCUCAUAUAUGACCGAGCGCGUCAAGGGCCUUUCUCUUGAAGAUGCCGGCAAAAUAAAAAAUACCGAGAUUGCCAAAGAGCUUUGUUUGCCUCCUGUCAAACUUCAUUGUUCCAUGUUGGCCGAAGAUGCCAUCCGAUCAGCCAUUCGAGAUUAUCGGUCCAAGCGGGAGUCGCUACCCAAUCCUAAGCAAAAAGGUUUUAUCGAUGUGACGCAGAGUUCUGCUACUGGUGAAACUGUCGCUACGGCUCACCCUGGCCAAGCAUAAACACUCCUCCUAAUACCUGCGAUUCCUCUAUUGUUAUCAUGCCUUGCAUUUUUGGAAGUCCCUGACCACCUUACUUAAACAGUAGGUAGUAUUUUUCUGUGUAGCAUUUGUAUCAUUAUCCGCAUUUUCAAAAGUCACGUUCAACCCUAUAUUCCUGGAGAGUUGAUAGAGAUUGAUAACAAUGAUAAUAUAAGCUUGGGCGUAUACAUAGAUGGUCAGGUACCCUUC